AUGCCGCAUCAAGAAACAAGGAAUGAAAAUAUUGUUCAUAUGUUUGGCCACAAAAAUUGCCUGAAAGAAAAAGGAGGAUAUACCUCCGGGAUUGUGCGGUUGGCUUUGCAGGCCCAGAAGUCUGGCUCAGGAAAGGACACUCAGGCUGCCGAAGACCUGCUGCUGCUCAGUAAGCCUCUGACGGACCUCAUCAGCCUGCUCGUUCCACUGCUUCCUAAUGAAGAUCCUGAGAUUUUUGAUGUUUCAUCCAAGUGUCUGUCUAUACUGGUUUGGCUCUGUGGAGGGGAAAACCCAGGCAGCCUCUCUCCUGAAAAUGUGGAAAUUUUUGCUCAUUUACGGACAUCCAAGGAGGACCCAAAGGAGCAGAAGCUUCUGUUAAGGACUCUCAGGAGAAUGGUCACCUCCAAUGAGAAGCACUUGGAGAGCCUCAAGAACGCGGACAGCCUCCUGCAGGCACUGGAGCGGAUGGCCCCCAGGCGUGGUUCACUUCCCGACAGCAUGGAGGCUCCCUUGGCCCUGGAAAUCCUCCAAGCUGUUGGACGCUAGGCGAGAGAGCACCGAGCAGGAGCCCACCCAGCAGGAGCUCCCCCAGCAGGAGCCCCCCUCCUGUGGCCCCAGCCCUCGGAUGCACAAGUGAGGUCGGCUCCCAGACACUUUUGCCGCAUCCCUCCACAGCUGUAUUUGAACCUAAUAAAAGUCAGCUGAACCC